UCAUCUUCGUUCCCUUCAGUGAUCCCGUAUCCGCCAGCAACCGCCGCCGUAGCCGUUCCGCCAUCGCCGGUUCGGCCACGGUGGUAAUUCCUCUGUUCGCCCCUGUUUCUCGGCCAUGGAGUUUGAAGUGCUUGAAGAUUAUUCGUUCAUUGGUCGUCUUCUCUGAUCUCAGCCUCGUCGUCAUGGUGCCCCCCGAUCGCUCUCCGCGGCUCUGGAUUUUCCGUGUCGCCGUUCCUGUCGGGUUCCAUCGAUCUUUUUGUUCUUCGAGUGCUGGCGUCUUUGAAUUCGGUCUGCUGCUGGAGCGUUGGCUGUGUGACCUAGAACGCCUAUAUCGGCAACGAUCGAGUUUCUUUUCUUGUGCCUUAGCGAGCUAAGAUGGUGUUAACGUAAUGCAUGGUCACCAUCCUUUAUCUUCACCCAACACCCAGUGCUGUGGGGGAGAGCGGAAAACUAAGCCUUGCACAAUGGGUAGAUCAUAACUAUGUGAGUCAGAUAUGGGAUGCUCUGCAUGCAGCAGCAGAAGCAGAUCUAACGCUUGCCCAAGCAAUUGUGGAUAGUGCAGGCGUGAUUGUUCAGAGAGCUGACUUGACAAUUUGCUGUGAUGAAAGAGGUGCGAAGUACGAAUUGCCCAAGUACGUUUUGAGUGAGCCGACCAAUUUGAUUGAUGAUAAUUGACAAUGGAGGUGGGGCAGAUUUUGCUCAGCUUCAUGUGUAAAUCCUGUGAAUUGAUGUUGAUAGUUUGGUAAAACAAAUUGCAUCAAAGUGGAGGUCAUUCAGGCAUUUUAAUGAUGCACGGUUAAAUACAAAUAUUACGUAACUUCUACCUCA